AUGACCACCGAAUACUACCCCAUGGCUCAGUGGCCUGCGCAUCCCGCGCAAAUGGCCGAGCCCCAAUUGAUCACCCAAGAAGAGCUCGAUCAGCAAGCCUUGAUGGCUGCAGGCUUUCCCAUGCAAACCGACUUUGAGCAAUAUCUCCCGCAGUGGGAUGAGAUCGAUCAACUGGAUUGGAACAGUGAAAUGGCCGGCAAACAAGCGUUUCUACCACCAUAUCCCCAGUCAUGGUACGAGGCAGGCCUUGUCAAUGACCAGCGAAAGCAGCUAGAAGCAUCAUGGAGGAAUAGGUGA